AUGGAUACAUUCAAUUACCUCGUCUCUCGAGGGUCAAUUUCUAAUUACUUGACAAAUGAAACAUGUCCUAUGCCAAAGAAACUCAAUGAAGUGGAGGAACCCUUUCUGGGGAACAUGACCUUCUACCACUUUAAUAUUAUUGUAUCGGGAGCAUGCACCCUCAUUACCUGUAUCUUGAUCUUCACACUACAGAUGCAACAUGCUACUCAUUUUAGUGUUCCGUGCGAGCAGAUCAAAAUUAUGCGAAUUGUCCAUAUGCUUCCCGCCUUCUCGCUCACCUCCUUGUUCGCCAUUAUUUUCCCCAACUCCUACGUGUACUUGGAAGGAUGGACAGAAGUCUUUCAGGCUAUUGCUUUAUACUCUUUUCAUAUGCUUCUCAUCGACUUUCUCGCUCCAUCUGAGAAGCAACGAGACAUUUUCUUCGAAAAUUUCAAGGUGAAAAAGAGCUUCAAGAAAGGCCAAUACAGAGAGGGACUUUCCUGGCUAAAGUUGAGCUACUAUUGUACUCUACAAUACCCCAUUGUUGUCUUCCUGGUCGCCAUCGGUCAGUCCAUCGCACAGGCCUUUAAUGUAUACUGCCUUGACUCGAAUAAACCGGGAUUUGCCCAUAUCUGGCUUGAACUUCUCCAAGAAGUGUCUGUCACUAUCGCUAUUAACGCCGUGAUUCGCUUUUACGCAAACACCAAAGAUUAUAUGAAAGAACACAAGCCACUCUUGAAGCUGCUUUCCUUCAAGCUGAUAGUUGGUCUUAUUUUCCUCGAACAGAUCAUUUUCAUGGUUCUCGAAUCCUCAAGUAUCUUCAAGCCAACUAAGAAGCUGAGUUACGCCGAUGUACACAUGGGUCUCCCUACAAUGGUCAUCUGCGUCCAAAUGGUCCCCUUCGCCAUCUUCAUGCACUUCUCAUUCAACAAAAAGCCAUACAUCGUGAAACAAUCUGGUCAAAACUUCGAGAUGGUCCCAGAAGCCGACGAGAAAGGUCGACCUAUCCCACGAAGCUACCAAGGCGGACCCGGUGGUCUCCACGCAUGGCUCGCAUACAUGAACCCGAUGGAGUACUACGCAGAGAUGAAGUCCAUGUACCGAACUCUACACCAUGUGCACGUCCGCAACCAGAAACCAAUCUACGAAGCCGAUUUAAAGACCGAAGCAUCAUCCAACACAUCGGCUCCAGUUGUGAACUCCGAGCUUGAGCAGCAUACCGAGUAUCCAUCUCCGGAACCGUAUGAGCCAAUUCAAAGCCAGCAGACACAUUAUGCACACCCCGCUCCGUAUGAACAGGCGCAGUUUGAGCAGUCCCAGCCUCUGAUUAACCAGGCGGAAUACCCUACUCAGCCUGCUCAGACGCAUUAUCCGGCUCAAGCUGCCGAGCAGGCUCAUCAGUAUUAUCAGGCGGGGAUGCAGCAAACACAUUCAAGUUAUUCAACGCAGCCUUAUGACCAGAAUCAUGAACAGUCGCAGAUGCUAAACCAGCAACAUCAGCAUACUGAGUAUAACCAGACUCAAUAUGGUCAUCAACACCAGUUUGGAGAAUCUAACUAUGAUGGACGUCCGUACUCUUAA